AUGCAAGAAGGUAAGCCAAUUCAAUGUUGGGUGCCACAGGAGUUUACUCAUUCUUGGGAGGAAUACGCCGAGAACUUGUGCUGGGUGAAGAACACAUAUUUUCUAGCCGCCUCCGAUGAGGUACCCGACGAUGACAUUGAACUAUCCCAGGUACGAUAUAUAAGCUACUACCAGUGGAUCGCCAUAGUCUUAGCAGGACAGGCUAUGUUAUCUUGGGUGCCAUACCUGCUAUGGCGAGUAGGAUCAAAGCGUCUACCCGUACUGCUUCGUUCCGCCCGUGAAGCAGCAGUACCAGAUCGAGAAUUGCGUCAGAAAGCUAUUUCUUGUUUGGUAGCCACUCUGGAGGAACAGGCUGAAUCAACUGCUCGCUAUAGACGGAUGCGCAAUAUAGUCCAACGCCUCUGCAGUAUCCGACCAAACCUACGCAUAACAAUGCUCUUUUUUGCCGUAAGAUUGCUGUUUGUCGGUAAUUCAAUCGGACAAAUUUAUCUUAUGCGUCAAUUCAUUGGAACCAACAGCACCAUGUUUGGCAUGGAAAUGUUGAAGGAUAUCAUUUCCGGAAAGGAUUGGGAACAAUCGGGACAAUUCCCAAGAGUCACAUUCUGUAAUGUUAAUGUUCGCAAAAUGGGCCAGAUAAAACCAGCUAGGUGA